UUCUUCGCCUGCCUCGUCAUCCUGUUUGCCUGCGAAGUUGCAGCUGGAAUCUGGGGCUUCAUGCACAGAGACACUGUGUCAAAGGAGAUGAUCAACUACUACGACUCUGUGUUUGAUAAGGCCACGGCAGAAGGUGUCAUGAACCGGGAGAAGGGACACGCUGCCGCCUCUGUGCUGAAGGUCUUCCAUGAGACGCUGAACUGCUGUGGUAAAGGCCAGGGGACCUCCUUCGCAACACGCAUAUCAGACGCCUUCGGAUUUACUGAUCUCUGCCCCAAGUCUCAAACAGAUGUAAGUGCCAUCAUGAGUGUCAGCAGUGCCAUCAGCACUCUCAUGCAUCAGCAGCUUGGCCACACU